CCCCAGCAGCGGCCACUUUCUCUCUGCCGUCACCUCGCCUUUGCCCUGGCCCUGCUCGCCCCCCUCCGUUUCUUUCUUUUGAGAAGCCCGGGUAGAUAAGAUGGCCUAGUGAGAGAGAGAGAUGCAGAUAGAUAGAUAGAUAGGAUAGCUAGCUCUCUCCCAAGGAGACAUUCCCCGCUUUAUGGAUGCCAUGUGGUUACUGCCACCGUACGUCCUUAAUAACCAUCGCUAACCAGCCAUGCCAUACCACCCUCUAGGAGUGUUCCGGUGUAUCCCUCCCGCCCGCCUCCGUUAAGCUCCCCUCUUUCCCCCUUGAGGCCAACACCCCCCUCCCUCCCAGCUCCACCACAAACCUAGCCACGACUAUAAGGUUCCCACUUAGAAGUUAGAACAAGUCGCAACACAGCACGCCCCAACAACCCCACCGCCCAAGAACACGCCACAGGAAAGAGAAGAAUCUCCGGCCCGUCCUGUCCUAAUCGCACCGGCGAGAACGCGGGCGGGCUAGCUAGCUAGCUCCGGCGAGGCCGGAGACGGGAGACGCCCAUGGAGUACAAGAGGUCAUCGCAUGUGGAGGAGGACGAGGAGCUGGAGGAGGAGGAAGAGGAAGAGGAGGACGAUGAGGAGGAGGAGGAGGACGAGGAGGGGGCGAUGCGGGACCGUCGGCACCAGCACCAGCACCAGCACCCGCACCAUCAUCGCCACCACUACACCAUGGCGCCGGCCGCGGCCGCGCCCCCGCAGCACCUGCACAUGCAGGGCCAGGCUCCGCAGGUUCUUGGCUCGCCUGCCGCGGCUGCCUCCUCGCCCUCCUCCUUGAUGGAGGCCGCGGCUUUCUCCAGGCCCCUCCUGCCUCCCAACUCCUCCCUCGUCUCCUCGCCGCCGCCGCCGCCGCCGCCGCAGGCGCCGCCCGGCUUCCUCCUGCCCCAGCACCAGCAUCCCCACCGGAGAAGGGUGGACCGCGAGAGGGAGCGGGAGAGGACGGUGGAGGCGCCUGGGGAGGCCCACCGUCAGCAGCAGCAGCAGCAGCCGCAGCCGCAGCACCAGCAGCGCCAUCAGGAGCCGGCGAGGAAUGGCGUGCUUGGCGGUGGCACCAUGCCUCCCCCGCCGCCUACGCUUGCCAUCGUGACCGGCGGCGCCACAAGGGCGCCGGGCGAGCACGGUGGCGCCUCGGGCCCGGAGCCCCUGCCGUGGAGGUACAGGGAGUGCCUGCGGAACCACGCCGCGCGGAUGGGCGCGCACGUGCUCGACGGCUGCGGCGAGUUCAUGCCGUCCCCGGGCGACGGGCCCGCCGCGCUGGCCUGCGCCGCGUGCGGCUGCCACCGCAGCUUCCACCGCCGCGAGCCGGUGGUGCUGGUCCCCUCGCCCUCUCCGUCCCCCGCCUCCGCCGUGGUGUCCCCCUCCGCGACCCCGGCCGGCGCCAACUCCCGGCUCAUGCCGCUCCUCCUCGCCCCGCCGCACAUGCAGCAGAAGCGCCCGCACGUCCCGGCGUCCCCGAUGUCCGCGCCCGCCGCGCUGGCCGAGUCGUCGAGCGAGGAGCUGCGCGCCCCGCCGCCGCCGCCCCCUCCGCCGCAGGCGCAGGCGCAGGCGGCCGCGGGCGGGUCGGCCUCCGCGCCCCCGGCGCCGAGCAAGAAGCGGUUCCGGACCAAGUUCACGCCGGAGCAGAAGGAGCGCAUGCUGGAGUUUGCGCACCGCGUGGGCUGGCGCGUGCAGAAGCCCGACGGCGGCGUGGUGGACGCCUUCUGCGCGCAGGUCGGCGUGCCCCGCCGCGUCCUCAAGGUGUGGAUGCACAACAACAAGCACCUCGCCAAGACCUCGGCCACGUCCCCGCCGCCGCUGCCGCCGCUCCACCACGACCCCAGUCCUCCUGCUCCCCACCAGCACCAGCACCACCCCGCGCCGCCGCCCCACCAUCAGCAGCAGCAGCAGCAGCAGCACGGCGCAUGAGCGAGCGAGCGGGCAGCAGCAGCAGCACAACGCUAGAGGAUGCAUUAGCCAUUAGCAGCAUUUUUAUCAUUUGUCCCGUGUAAUCCCGUAACCUCAUCGUCGUCAGGUGUUAACUCGUGCGUCGGCAGUCACUUAGGAGGAGUAGACCAGACCAGUAAUGUGAGAUGAGGCAGCCUUGAACCCUGAGGCGGCAUGCAUGCAUUCACUCCUUCCUUCUUCCUCUCGCUCAUUGCUCUCGUCUCAUGGAUAAAUAACAAUGGCUAGGUUAGCACGGUGAGAGCCAACUGCUUCUUGCUUAGAUCCUACUCCCACAUUGAA